CGACCUCUCGCGAUACAAUCGAAAGCUUGGAACGCAACGACGGGAUCGCGGCUUACAGACACCCGAAACUCCCAUUUUACUCCUCCUUCCACUCCUCUCCUACCCUAAACCAUCGAGGAAGCUCUAAAGCCGUUCCCAGACAAGCCCUUAGUGAUUGAAAACCUCAGGAUUUCGAAGUCAUUUUAAAGCGUUAACUCUUAAAGCAGAGGGAGAUACAAGAUUUAGCAUAGUGGUAAGAAGGUAAAAAUUUUUCACAUAUCUUCCACACAACUUGGUGUGCUGAACUACCCCUGAAGAUGUUGGCUGGGGUUAAGCUUAUUCCACGAGAGGAACUUUCUGAGCACCAGGAGGAUGAUUUGAGCACAGACAAGAGGAGGAGGAUAAGGAGGAAGAAGAAGCACCGCCACAAUAGUUCUGAUGAGGAUGAGGGUAUAGUGAGGGAUGAUCGGUAUGCAGGAAAGAAUAAGAAGAAGAUGAGGAGUGGGAGUUGGAGUUGCUCGGAUGCUGAUUCUGAUUCCCUUGAGGGGGUAACUGGUAGUUUUUCUGAUAAAGGGGAUAAAAGCUCCAAAAGUAGAAAUAAGAGGCGUUCUGGACAUGGGAAGGAUGGUAGAAAAAAAAGGGAUAGGGUUGGUAGAAAAAAUGGGAACAAAAGUGGUGUUGAGGAUGAGACGAAAGAUGGUGUGAUAGAUCGUGACAAUUUGAUUUUGAGAAAGGAGAUGGGGCUUGAGUGGAUGCUUCAGACUGGCAAUAGUUUGCAUGGUAAUUCAAUACCGGCUAAAAUUGAGCAGGAGGAUCACCAGGUUGAGGAGGGAAAGAAAGUGAAUCCAAAAGAGCUAAAUCCGUAUCUCCAUGAUAAUGGAAGUGGGUAUCCCAAUGAUGCAUUAGACUCAACUACUGGCUCCAGCCAACUUCUUUCUUCUUCACUUGUUGGUGAUGGUGGUGCAAGUUGGCGACUAAAAGCCUUGAAGCGAGCAAAAGAGCAAGCUGCUCGUGAAGGACUAUCACUACAAGAGGUAGUUGGAGAGCGAUGGAGCUCAUUGCAGGAGCUAGCUACAUCUGUGGCAGUUCAUCGUUCUGCACCUGCUCAUUCACAUUUGCAUGCCAUAAAGGAAAGAAGGAAAGUACAAACUAAUAUAGAAGAAACCCAAGGUGAACAUUUAAAUAACAAUGAUUAUGUACAGGAUUUGUCUUCUAAGCAUCUUGAUAUGAAGAAGCCAAAACAGGACAAUUUUCAGUGGAGAAGUAAACAUUUUAAGAGGAUCUGUUUAGAGGAUAGUUCUGAGGCUAUAUCUUGCAUAAAUAAGUUUUCUAAUGACGGUAGCUUUAUGAAUAGUUUUAUUAAUCAGCAAAAUAAGUAUUCCAAUGUCCGUGAACAUUCUUUUCUUGGAACUAAAGAGAUAAACAAUGUCAAUGAGAACGAUUUAGCUUCUGAAAGUACAGAUUUGGGUGAAGCGCUUUCAACUAAAAUACAGUCUGUAAGUUCCAAUCAGCUAGCAGCAAAAGUGUUACAGCUUAGAAUGAAAGGAAAGCAGGAGGAGGCUGAGAAGCUUUCCAUGCAAAUGGGUCUAUUGGUAGAGAAUUCAAAUGGAAUACCCAAGGCUACACGACAAGAAAUUGGAGGUAGGACUAACAGGUUUAUUGAGAAACAGCUAUCCAGUGAAAGGAAGAAACCUGAAGAUGAUGGUGAUAAGCAUCUUGCCCAGAAAAUAAUGCAAAAUAGAAGAUAUAGCUUGCCUGGAAGUGUGGAAGAUGAGUAUGAUUCAUAUGAGGGAGCUCCGAGCAGAAAACACAGUAAGAAAAGAGAUUUUACACAUGAAGAUAAAAGAAGCUUACCAAAACGAAUAUUAACUCAGAAAGAGCGCUGUCAGUUUUGUUUUGAGAAUCCAUCCAGACCAAAACAUCUCGUUAUAUCAAUAGGAAAUCUCACUUACAUGAUGCUUCCGCCUUGGGAACCCGUUUUACAAGGCCAUUGCUGCAUUCUGCCAUUGCAGCAUGAAUCAGCUACCAGAAACAUUGACAAAAAUGUCUGGGAUGAAAUUCGAAACUUUAAGAAGUGUCUCUUGAAAAUGUUCUCAAGGCAAGACAAGGAUGCUGUCUUUCUUGAGACUGUUAUUGGAUUGUCUAGGCAACGUCGACAUUGCUUAAUUGAGUGCAUACCUAUUCCUUCUCACAUUGCAAAGCAAGCUCCAUUGUAUUUCAAAAAGGCUAUUGAUGAGGCUGAGGAUGAGUGGGGACAGCAUGACAUGAAAAAGGUGAUACCAACUAGUGGCAACCUGCGGAAUGUUAUUCCAGAGAACUUUGCCUACUUCCACGUUGAGUUUGGGCUGGACAGAGGUUUUGUUCAUGUCAUUGAUGAUGAUAGCAACUUUCCAAGUAGCUUUGGCUUGAAUGUCGUCCGAGGCAUGCUACGCCUACCUGUGGAGACGAUGCAUCAUCAUCUGCGGCGAGAAGCGGUUGAGAAGCAAAAACAAGCUGUUGCCUCCUUUAUCCAGGAAUGGGAACCCUUUGAUUGGACUAGAGAGCUUGAUUGAUUCGGAGAGUUUAUUCCCUGGCUUGUGGUUUCUGAAAUCUCUGAGCCAACCUGCAGGUUUAGAUGUACUUUGUAACAUAUGCAGUGUCAUUUGUGGUCAACUUAAAAAUGUCGUGGUUCAUUGUUUUCGUUUACAUUUAGAUAUCUACUGAGGAAUAUCGGUCGUAGAGUUACUGUUUUAGUUUUUUUUUUUUUUUUCUUUUAUUGCAGUUAUGGUAUUUAGUUAAGUAGAUAAUGUUAUUUGUAUUGUCAUUUUUCUCAUGU